ACAUGAUGCCCGGGGAGAAAAAAGAAUUCACAGAUUGGUACGAGAAACAUAAAAAUGACACCUUUAAUUUUCAGAAAGAGUUAAAAGCUUACUGUAAGCAGGAUGUUGAGGUUUUGAGAAGGGCUUGUGAGUGUUACAGGGACACGAUUAUGGCCAUGACGGAACAAAAAGUGCUGCAAUACAUUAAACGUGAAAAUAAAUACAGAAUGGUCACUAAAUGUAUUGAUCCACUCCAACUUAUCACAUUGGCAGCCGUGUGCAUGGCCAUGUAUCGGUUUAAAUUUCUACCCAAAAAUACCAUAGCGAUUGUACCUGCAGAUAAUUACCACAAGACCCAGAAACGCUUUUCAACACCCGCUAUACAGUGGCUCAUGUACCUUGAACAUGCUGAAGGCAUUUCUAUACAACACGCGUUAAAGGGCGGUGAAAAAAAGGUCGGUAAAUAUUUUUUGGACGGGUAUGCUUUUGUUAAUGGUAAACACACCGCUUUUGAAUUUCAGGGCUGUUUUUAUCACGGGUGUCCUGUGUGCUAUAACGAGCAGGACAGCAACGAGCUUACUAAAUCGUCCUACGGGCAGCUAUACCAAUCUUUCCUAGUCAGGAAAAGCCGACUACAGAGACAAGGCUUUACGGUCCGCGUCCUGUGGGAACACGAGUGGCGGGAAAUGAUUGCAAACGAUUUGGGGGUCAAAGACUUUCUGAUUAAAAUGAAAUUCCCGACUCCUUUGGAUCCUCGUGACGCGCUUUACGGCGGGCGCACUAACGCCAUUAAACUUUAUCACAAUGUGCAGGCCGAUGAAACAGUGCAUUAUUACGAUUUCACCAGUCUGUACCCUUUUGUUAAUAAAACUAAGACUUACCCUGUAGGACACCCAAAAAUCAUUUAUGAUCAUUUUGGCUACAUCAAAAAAUACUUUGGCAUUGCACGAGUUAAAGUGUACCCGCCCAGAGAUUUAUUUUUUCCGGUCCUACCUGUAAAGCUAAAUAAAAAACUAAUGUUUCCGCUAUGCUACACAUGCGCCUUGAGCUGUCAGAAAGACAUUUGCAGCCACACAGACGAUGAGCGGUCCCUAACCGGUACAUGGUGCACCAUAGAGAUAGUUUUAGCGGUUGAAAAAGGUUACAGGAGUGCCGAGAUCUACGAGAUCUGGCAUUUUCCAAAUACAACAGACGAUUUGUUCGCCCCGUACAUCAAAUUACACCUCAGAGAUAAACAGGAGGCUUCCGGUUAUCCCAGUUGGUGUAAAACGGAUUCUGAAAAAACGGCUUACAUAGCGGCAUUUUAAAAAAAAGAAGAUGUCUGCUUGCGAUCUGAUAAGAUAUCUGUAAACCCAGCAAAAAGACAAAUUUCAAAACUGUUCCUAAACUCUUUGUGGGGUAAGUUUGGCCAGCGUUCUAACUUGUCACGUACCAGCAUAGUCAAGGACCCUGACGAGCUUUUCAAAUUAGCUUUUGUGCCGUACUACGACCUCUCCGAGGUUAAUUUCAUCGAUGACGAUACGGCAGUAGUCAAUUGGCGCUAUGUAAAAGAGCGCUACACCCACAACAAAAACACAAACAUUUUUAUAGCCUGUUUUA